CUGGCGCGCGCGGCCCAGCGCGGCCUGACCGAGAGGCGCGUCCGCCCCACCGUGCUUGGGGCUCCGCUCGCCCGGGGCUCUCCGCUCGCCCGGGGCUCCCCGCCCGCCGCCGCUCCGCGCCCGGGGCCGCCCUCCCGCCGCCAUGAAGCUCGUCAGGUUUCUAAUGAAGCUGAGCCAUGAGACUGUGACCAUUGAGCUGAAGAAUGGGACGCAGGUGCAUGGAACGAUCACAGGAGUGGAUGUCAGUAUGAACACGCAUCUGAAAGCAGUGAAAAUGACACUGAAGAACAGAGAGCCCGUACAGCUGGAGACACUGAGUAUUCGAGGGAACAACAUCCGCUACUUCAUUCUACCAGACAGUUUGCCUCUGGAUACUUUGCUAGUGGAUGUUGAACCAAAAGUCAAAUCCAAGAAAAGAGAAGCAGUUGCUGGAAGAGGCCGUGGAAGAGGCCGUGGCAGAGGCCGAGGUCGUGGAAGAGGAAGAGGAGGCCCAAGACGAUAACUUCUCAUAUUCUGGGCAAUUCUGGGCAAUUACCAUAUUCUAGGCAAUUUCAGGUUUAUUUUGUACAGGUCUUGUUUAUGGUAUCCAUUUUUAAUAAACUGAAAUGUGAAAAGGUGUCUUUCCUUUGUUAGCAAAGCCUGGGGAGGGAGGAGGGAGGCAGGUGUGUCCUGUUUCUAGGGCCGUUGCAGACUACACAGAUCUUGGUUGUCGCUGUCGAGAUUUUGCCCACCCUGGGGGCUGUACAAUUCCUCUUGCUUUUUGCCCCAGAACGGGAGACUUGUGUUGUGCUUUAACAGUGUUUGAAAUUAAUCCCUCUUUUCUAAAGGCACUUGCCAUCUUCUAAUGGUUCCGUAGUUUAGAUGCUGUAUUGAGAACCCUUGUCCUGUGAGUGUAUCUCUAAUACUGUUCUUCAGAGCAGCCUUUUCUAAAGUUCGUAGAUAUAAUUUUAAUGUUUUCUAUUACAUGAAGCUUGCAAUUUAAACAUGUUGCUGUCUUUAUAAAACAUUUGCACAGGGAAAUUAACCAGGUCCAUGGAACUGCUGGAUUGUUACAUCUGAUGAUUAAAGAAUACCUGGAUAUGAA